GAGUGAUCAGUGUAAGCAGAUUCUGAAAGAAAAAGAUGAGAGGGUUGAAAGGUAGAGGUAGAGCUAUUUCCCUUGUGGCAGUGCUGAUUUUUGUGUUGGCAUCAGAGGUGUUGAUUUUGGUGGCUGAGGGUGCUGGUGAGUGUGGAAAGACCCCUAUAGGGUCUGCAGCUGCUAGUCUCAGCCCUUGCCUGAGUGCUGUUAAUAAUGUGAAGGCCAAGGUUCCUUUGACAUGUUGUGCAAGAGUUGGUGCUUUGCUCAGAACUGCUCCAAAAUGUCUCUGUGCUGUUCUGUUGUCACCUCUGGCCAAACAAGCUAAGAUCAACCUUGCCACUGCUAUCACCAUUCCAAAGAGAUGCAACAUCAAGAACCGUCCUGCAGGAAAGAAAUGUGGAAAGUACACUCUACCCUGAAAUCAAAACAACAGAAUGAUAUUGAAUAUGCAGUGUUAAACAGAUUAGAGAGAUAAAUAAAUGCAGUGAUACGGCAUCUUCAACUGUCACCUGUUUCAGUGGUGGCAUAGUGUUUGCUGUGUGUUGUUACAAUCACAUAAUUUGAUAUUUUUUUUCUCGUCGUAAUUAAUAUCAAUGAUUACUAUCUAAAA